AUGCAACACGAGGAAUCUGGGGUGAUUGAUGUUACUUCUGAUGCAGACACUGAUUCAGACAUUGAAAUCACAAAUACUCAAGAUCCGUUAAUAUACGAAGUUCCGGAAGAUGAUUACGGAUAUUGGCUUUCAUCCACAAACACAAAUGAUAGUAGUGCUAGAGAAGAUGUUCCAUUUCAUACUGUGGAUUGGUCUCGGCAAGAUACAUCCAAAGAAGAUUCUGCCUCUGACUUUUCGGACUUUAACCUUGUCAAGGCAUUCUCAUUUCUGACAUAUGCUACAAUAAAACUACUCCAAACGUUUACAUACGCAUGGUAUGGUACUGUUCUCACAAAUGCGGGCGAAGACUUUCGUGAAGGAAUAUACUUUGGCGAAUGGCCUAGUUCUGAUCUCGGCCAUCAUGUUAGAACAAACAUUAUUCUGAUGAUGAUGCAAAAACCAACAACUGUAAACGCAUUUUUUUCUCCGGUCGAUAUAGUCAUAUUCACUAAUUUUGUGAAUACUACAAUGUCUUAUUUUUUCCUGUUGCGAUCUGUCGGUGUUAAAGGAGGAUAAAGAUGGAUGCUAUGUUUUGUAAACGCUGGCAAAUUCUUGAAAUCAUAACAUUAAGGAAAUAUAAUUAGAAAUUACGAUGAAUG